AGCAAUAUCCACUCUACUUACUCAAUGCCCCUGUUUUGUGAUUCCAUUCUCCUGCUGUCUGCUAGGCAGGGAGCAGAAGUUGCAGGACCUGGAGCUGCCUUUGAGGUGCAGGGCACGUACAGCACAAGCUUCCCUGUACUACCUGGUCAACAUGCCUCUGCUCUCCUGGAAUGACCACCUCUAGGGAUACAUCUACAUCAGCGCUAAUCCCAACAUUUGUCUACCACUGUUGCAGCUCCAUCAGUCAUAGCAUUGGUGGAACUGCUAGGGAAUGUAGGAGUGCAGGUGUUUUCACCAUCAGGUCACACUCUGAACACAGUUUGACAAAUAAAAUAAAAGUGAUAAAUAAAAGCUCAUGCAUGCUCUGUUUUAGUGCUUACACCACUGGCAACUCUGGAAAGUACACCACUGGUUGACCAAUAGUGCAGAAAAGCUAGUGUAGACGAGGCCCAGGGGCAGAAACGUCUCCAUGGCCCAUUCAAUCCUUGGUCUCUCUGCUGAGGCUUUCAGUAAAUUCUAACUGUGUUUGUGAUAUAGGUGUCUCUGCACUGUUAUCCAAGAAAAUACUCUCUCUAUUUGUAUUUUGAUAAACUGCCCUCUCCUAAUAUAAUUUAACAGUCCAAUUCCUGGAGGGGCAGUAUGAUAAAUUUUAAACCACCCUGUUUCCCAGAUCUCAUUCAGCAACACAAUCUACACACAGCUACCCGGAAUGCUCACAAGACAGCCUAUAAUUCAUUACUACUGUAUGGCUCAGAGAGGCAAGGUUGAUAGGUUUCUUUGGCUCUCAAAGACUCAGCAAUAUUAAUUAAAGUCAACCGAGAAUUUUAUGCAGUAGAGAAAGAAAGCGGAGGGGAUGACAGGAAGCAGUAAAUAAACAGAGGCCAAAACAGCUGAAGGAAGCUUAUAAGGUCAUCAGCUACACUAGAGUGGUCACCAGCCACGCUGCAAGGGAUGGGAUAUGUCAAAGGAAGGGAAGGUUAGCUGCAACUAUUAUGAGAUGGGAGGGACUGAGGGAGCUGCUAUUUUUUAAUGGAAUGACAGAUGGUUUGGUGGUUAAGACACAGAAAAUCUGCCGCAGAUUUCCUUUGUGACAUCAGGCAAGUCAUGUAGGUGUUUGAGAUCACCAGCUGGAGUUAGGGCAUGAAUUGACACAAUUAGAUUCAUUAUGCACUGGAGGUGGAAGUACCUCUGAAGUAGCUGAUACUGGGACUCAUCAAUGUCAAACUGAGGAUAUCAGAGUAGGUGGAGCAUGUCUGUUCUUAUAUGCAAAUUCCUGUGUUCCUUCUCUUUCCUAAAGUAAGCAGAGAUGGGCAAUUUUGUAAAGGCUCCAUAUCUAUGGUCAGUUUUGUUUUCUAUCUGCAAUUCCAACAUUUAUUUCAAGACUAGAAAUUUAGAGAGGAGAGAGAAAAGGAAUGAAGGACGAAAAAUGGCUUUCAAUUCGUUAUGCAAAGACGACUUACUGCGCCCCAGGAUACGAAGCGCUUUGAGCCUGACCCCCAGAAGCCAGAGCAGUUACCAAACGCCACCUCUGACAGAGCUUCAACGCCUGCUGUGGACACAUAAACCUUCCACUGGCCACGUGAAUGAAGUCUGGCCAAACCUCUACGUGGGAGACUUAUAUACAGCUCGGGACAAAGAGCAGCUGCGCCGAAUGGGUAUCACUCACAUUGUGAAUGCUGCUGCUGGCAGAUUUCACAUUGACACUGGAGCUAAAUUCUACCGAGACCUGCCUGUAGAUUAUUAUGGAAUAGAAGCUGAUGAUGAUCCAAAUUUUGAUCUCAGCAUUUACUUCUAUCAAGCUGCCAGAUAUAUAAGAGCAGCGCUGAAUUCUCCAAGAGGCAGAGUAUUAGUUCACUGUGCAAUGGGGAUCAGCCGAUCAGCAACGCUUGUACUUGCUUUCUUAAUGAUCUGUGAAAACAAGACCCUUGUUGAUGCAAUUCAGGCUGUGUGUAAACAUCGAGGGGUCUGUCCCAACUCUGGCUUCCUCAAGCAGCUUCAGGAACUAGACAUGCGAUUAGCGAGGGAGAAAGGAAGAGGAAUAGAUCCCCUCAGACUUUAGAUGGGGGGACAUCUUCUGAUUAUAGACCAAGAGAUACAGGUUGCCUCCAGGAAGAUUAUACUUCUGGCAAGACAGAUGAACCCGGACUAUGCUGUAGUUGCCUGGAGAAAUCCAUAUGGAGCAAGCAGGGAGAGUUUGAGAGUUUGAAAUUUCACCUCCUGCAGAAAUACAAGCCAGAUCCUCAGCUGGCGCCUGUCAAUGUCGUUCCACUGGACUUAUGCCAAUUCAUACCAGCUGACCAUCUGGCCCCUUCAUUGGAUCCCCUCCCUCCCCAGCAAGCCUUAGUGGACUCGUUGGAACCCCAACAAGCCCUUGUAGGUUAGUUGGGGUCCCUCACAACUACCCCACACUCUCAGACCCUUAUAAUGAUCAACAGAUAUGUGAGGUCCCAGGGACACGCUGGAAGCUGAUGCUCAGCUGUGAAAUCACUAACACAACACAGUUAGAGCCCACAGCCACGUUCUGAGCACUGCUAUUUUAUAUAGAAACAAUCAUAGCUUCCAUUUCCAUUGGCUUUUAAUCCCAGUGUCUCAAAAUACUUGGCAAAUAAUUGGUUCAAGCCUCACAACCCCUCAGUGAGGUAGGUAAUUAAUGUUAGCCCCAUUUUACAUAUGGGGAAAUUGAGGCCCAAAGAUGUUAAGCAAACUGCCCCACUGAUGCACUGCAAAUCUAUAACUAUGCCAGGAGAGGAAUCCAGAUUACUUGGCGUAUAGAGCCAUGUUCUAUUCAGAUUCCCCAUCUUUCCCUUUGAAAAAGGAACGCUAACCUCAUGUCAGAGCAAAAUCGAACAAUGCACCUACCAAAUCCAAUGCAGCAGCUCUGUAUUCAGAUUUCCCUUUUACGUCCAAUUGACCACAUUCUAUCUCAUAAACAACUGGAAGGAGAUAUUUACUUCGAUGCAAUUACAGCCCCAUGCAGCGCAUUGGCAAAUGCAAAUAAUAUAGAAUUUCCACUCGACGGCAGAUUAAUUUGGUGUGAUGUUUUCCCUCGAGAGUUCUUAAAGGCUUGCACUAGUGAAAGUGUCAUGCAGCUUGUAUUUUUAGUACUGUGGAUUCUGAGCAGGAAUAGAGGGCUGUAUACACUCACCCAGAACUGCUGGGUUUUUAAACCACCAUGCAGUAACGUUUUUACUGAGCGCAGCACCCUUCCUGUGUGUGUCUCAGAGUAAUAUGAAAACGAGACUUCCCUGCAGAGCUGGUGGCUAAAUUCAGGUGAUGUUUUCUUUUUCAUAAGCACUAGUAAGCCCUUGCCACUGAUGCUAAUUAUUUGUAUCCUCAAAGGAGUCAGGUGAUAGCAAGGUUGAUUUAGUCUCCACUGUUAAGAUAGGACAGCUGGAAGAGGAUUGAUCCAUUGGGGAAUGGAGAAAGUGGCUGGGAGGGAGGUCACAGUUAAUGAUGGGGAGAAGGGGGGAGAAAAUCACUGUUGUAUUACAACUUUUCAAGGAAAAGCUCUAGGGAUCAUUUUAGGGAUGUUUGGUAACCUGUGUUGUACAGGAGGUCAGGCUAGAGGAUCACAGUGUUCCCUUCUAGCCUGGGAAUCUAUGACUCUAAGGUCUAAGUGGCCCGCUUAUUGGCAGUCUCAGCAAAGAGGCCAAGCAUUUCAACAAGCAUGGAAGCUGAACUACUCUCUCACUGUUGGAGGUGGUCCCCCUCCAUGUCAGGGGCAGGGCGUAUUGAUGGGGCAGUGUGGGGAAUCUUGUGUUGUCACUGCCCGGCCUGUACCUGUUUUGUGGAUAGAAGCCUUCACUCUCCACAGCUGUCAACCUGACACCUUUCCUGAGCACCGGACUCACUUUAACUCGGUCUGUACGGUACGGUAGGGCAUUUCUGGGCAAUCCUAGCAGAGUGCAGGUGAUGUUAGAAAGGCACAAGUCCAAAGGCUCAAUGCAUUUAUCCAGUCCAGAAAUGUCAUAACCCCCAUAAAUUCCAUGCCCCUCCAUGAUUACACAGUGGAAUUAAAACAAAACCGCCAAUGAGCAAAUGUGUUAUUGACAUGUGCCUCGCAUUAUAACAGGGGAACUUGGACUGCGACCCAGUCAGUGCUGUGACAAGGAAACAUGAUCAGAUUCCUCAGCGGGCUCAAAUUCUUAUCCCCAGACAGCUCUCCACCAACAACAGCAGCUCAUGUUCAACAGCACCCAGCAAUGCAACACAAGCAGUAAACCUCACAAUAGCAAUGGCAGGACUCCCAUGACCGCCCCAAGUCACUGCAGGCCCAGCAGCAUUAAUUGAACUAGCUGAUGAGGAUAAUAAUAUGUAACUUCUUCAUGGUGGCGUUGUGAGGCUAAGUUCAUGUGUGCAAAGCACUUUGAGUUGCUGGGAUGAAAGGUGUCACAAAAAGUCCUGCUAGGGCAGGUGUCACCAUACCAUGUAGUCUUUUAGAUUCUCUUUUAGCAUGCAAGCAAGUGUUGACUCACGGGCAGGCGUGUUGUGCUGUUAGCUGUUCUGGUUAUGUACGGAGUUUUUGCAUAGAGGCAGCUUUGGGUGAGAGGGAGCUGUGUGAGCAGCAGGAGACUGAAACUGGGGCUCUGAUUAGAGUCAAUUCCUGAAGCAGAGCAGGCAUUGGAGUUGGGCAAAGAUAUCUGGAAGAAGGGGUUGCCUGUAUGCUGUUUGACCAUCUCAAGUCAGGACCGGUGCACGUGUGUAAAUAAAGCAAGUUACACUCAGACUAUAA